UUCGAAUUAUACAUACAAAUUUUAAUAACGAUAAAAUCCAAAAAUUUUAAUAAAUUCACUCUAUUCUCUCCAAUACCAAAAAUGAAUGGUCCUUUCUGAAAUAUUGUAAAAUGACAAAAUAUCCCAAUAAAUACAUAACGCCAAAAUUUAAAAUAAACGAUGAUUUUUCAACUUUUCACUUUUGCUCGUUAGUUUUUUCACCAAAUUUUUAUAUUGCUGGUGACGUUUUUUUACAAUUUUUAAUAUAUCACGUUGUAAAUUUUUCUUAUUACUUUUUAGUAAAAUCAAUAUAUUAAUUAAAUUUGCAAAAAUGGUACCUUUACCUGGUCAAGACAAUGCUAAUAAAGAGAAUGAAAAGUUGAAAGUUAGUCAUUGUUUAAGCAGUGUUCAGGCGAAUCUUCCUGUAAAUAAGGUUGUUGUGCACCCUUUGGUACUUUUGAGCGUUGUUGACCAUUUUAAUCGAAUCAGUAAGACGCAAAGAGUCAGCAGAGUUGUUGGCGUUUUGUUGGGAAGCAUGGGUUCUGAUAAAACUAUUGACACUUCUAAUUCUUUUGCUGUUCCUUAUGACGAAGAUGCUGAAGAUUCAAAUGUGUUCUUUUUGGACGCUGAUUAUUUGGAAGAUAUGUUUGGAAUGUUUUACAAAGUUGCUGCCCGUGAGAAAAUUGUUGGUUGGUACCACACUGGACCGAAGCUGUGUAAGAAUGAUAUUCUCAUAAACGAAGUCAUCAAACGUUUUGUGCCUAAUCCUAUACUUGUAAUUAUCCAAGCUAGUCAGGCUAGCCAUGAACAAAUGAAUUUGGGACUUCCUACAGAUGCUUAUGUUGAAGUACAAGAAGUUCAUGAUGAUGGAUCUCCUCCAAUAAAGACUUUUGAACAUGUUCCUUGUGAGAUUGGUGCUGAAGAGGCUGAAGAAGUUGGGGUUGAACAUUUGUUAAGGGACAUUAAAAAUUCAACUGCCGGAACUCUCUCACAAAGAAUUACUAAUCAAUUUUUGGGAUUGGUUGGAUUUCAACACCAAUUGGCAAAAAUGGCACUUUAUGCAAAACGUGUAGUUAAUAAGGAGUUGCCUGUAAAUCAUUCAAUAAUCUACCAUUUCCAGGAAAUUCUUAAUUUGCUUCCUGAUGUUCUUUCGCCAGACUUUGUUGACGCCCACAACUCAAUGAGUAAUGACCAAGCAAUGCGUAUAUAUUUGGGAAAUCUUGCUCGAACGGUUAUUGCUCUAGACGAUCUCAUUGACAACAAAUUGGUAUUGCAACGAGAUGAAGAAAAAUCUGAGAAGAAAACUGAUUCAGAAGAAAAAAUUAAAGAUGCAAAAUCUGGAGAGAUUAAAUCAGAAAAAGUUUAA